AUGAAAAUAUUAAAGAUGCUCCACAACAUAACUGUGUUGGAAGAAAAACUUGCACAAUCAAGAAGUAUAUUGCACAAAUUAGAAGAACAGAUUACUCAAUUAUGUUAUGAUACUCAAAAGAAACGUGAAUCUUUACAAAUUUAUGAAGAAAUACAGAAUAUACGUAGACGUCUUGAACAUUCACCAUCGAUAACUUCACUUCCAUGCCCUAUGAUACCAGUUAGUUUUAUACGUGAACCAAUUAUAUUCUAA